AUGGCUGCCGCUGCUAAACUUUCCGCUUUGCGGGAUCGCAUGAAGGCAUCAGACGUCGACGUCUACGUCGUCCCUUCCGAGGAUGCACAUCAGUCAGAGUACAUCGCCGACUGCGAUGCAAGACGCGCAUACAUCUCCGGUUUCAAUGGAUCUGCUGGCUGUGCCGUCAUCACUACUGACAAGGCCGCUCUGUUCACUGACGGUCGUUACUUUAACCAGGCUGGGAAGCAGCUUGACUUGAAGCACUGGACGUUGAUGAAAGUAGGAUUGCCUGAUGUGCCAACAUGGACUGAAUGGGUUCUGCAACAGGCUGAAGCUGGAAAGAAGCGGGUUGGAAUCGAUGCUAGUCUGUUGACUGCAACCGAAGCGAAGCAAUUGAUGGAGAAGUUGCAGACCAAGGCUGCCAAGCUUAUCGGGAUGAACAACAACCUUGUGGAUGAGGUUUGGGGUGACGAAAGGCCAAAGCGCCCUGCACAACCUGUCUUCCCUCAGCCUUACAAGUACUCUGGCCAGGACUUUUCGGAGAAGAUUGCGAUGAUCAGGAAAGAGUUGGAGGCAAAGAAGGCGUCCGGAUCCGUCGUCUCUAUGCUGGACGAGAUUGCAUGGCUCUUCAACCUCCGUGGUGAUGAUAUUCCUUUCAAUCCUGUCUUCUUCUCCUUUGCCAUGAUUACCCCUACUCAAGUCACCCUCUACAUCGACGAGAGCAAGCUAACCGAGGAAGGGAAGGCUCAGUUGGGUGAAGAUGUUAUCGUCCGUCCUUAUGAUGCUAUCUUUUCUGAUUGCUCUGUUCUUUCUGACUCUCUGAAAUCGGAUGGAAAGAUCCUCAUAACGAACAAGACGUCGUGGGCGCUCGCCAAGGCUCUUGGUGAGAAGAAAUGCGAAGAAGUCAAGUCUUGCAUCGCUGAUGCCAAGGCGGUCAAGAACGCUACAGAACUUGAGGGGAUGAGACAGUGCCACAUCCGGGACGGAGCUGCCUUGAUCGAAUACUUUGCGUGGUUGGAGGAGGUCCUUCAUAGUGGCAAGGAAAUCGACGAAGUUGAGGCGGCCGACUACCUUGAGGAGUGUCGCAAGAAGAAGGAGCACUUUGCUGGACUGUCUUUCCCUACAAUCAGCUCAACUGGACCGAACGGAGCUAUCAUCCAUUACCAGCCGGAGAAGGGCUCGUGCGCGGUGAUCGACCCCAAGGCUGUCUACCUCUGCGACUCUGGUGCUCAAUACAAGGACGGAACUACCGACGUCACACGUACCCUGCAUUUCGGAUCUCCUAGCCUAACCGAGAAGAGAAAUUACACACUGGUCUUGAAGGGGCACAUCGCCAUUGCACGAGCAGUCUUCCCAAAGGGCACUACUGGAUACAUCCUCGAUAUCCUUGCAAGACAGUUCUUGUGGAGAGACGGCCUGAACUACUUGCACGGAACCGGCCACGGUGUCGGAUCUUAUCUGAACGUGCACGAGGGUCCUCCGGGCAUCGGAACUCGUAUCUCGUUUAACGAGACUGCGUUGGCGCCCGGUAUGGUCCUCUCCAACGAGCCUGGAUACUACGAAGACGGUCAGUACGGUAUUCGUAUCGAGAACUUGGUUACUGUUAAGGAAGUCGAGACUCCAAACAAAUUCGGUGGCAAGCCGUACUACGGCUUCGAGACCAUCACCCUUGUCCCGAUGGCGAGAAGCCUUAUCGAUGUCAGCAUGCUUGACUGCAGUGAGAUUGAAUGGCUGAACGAGUACCACAAGGAGGUGUUCAAUAAGAUGAAAAUCUUUUUUGAUGAGGAGGACAGGACAUACCGAUGGUUGGAGCGGGAGACACGGUCGUUUGACCAGUGA